UCUGCAGGAAGAAAACAGACAGGAGCAGCAAAACACACAGCAGACAUGGACUUGCAUUGUGAGUGCAGCGAGCCUCCUCUCUCUGAGCAGCAGCAGCCCUCCGGAAAGAUUAACAAGGCUGCUUUCAAACUGUUUGGGAAGAGGAAAUCAGGCAGCGCCGUCCCCAGCAUCUUCGGGGUGAAGAGCAAAGGAGAGGGGAAGACCUCAGGGAAAACAGGGCUCACAAGGAGCAAAACCCACGACGGGUUAGCCGAGGUUGUGUUAGAAGGCAGCAAGAAGGAGGACUGCUCCAGCAGCGAGCAGCUCAGCACUGCUUUGUGCACAAAGACUGAUGGCAGCCCGGCGGUGGCAGCCAGCGGAUCCGUGACCAAGUCGCUCAGCUUCUUCUCCGUCCUCAAGAAGAACGGCCGAGGGGAGAACUCCGAGCAGAGGGCUGGCAACAGACAAAAGAAAGGGCUGAAGGGGCUCUUUAGCAGCAUGCGCUGGCACAAAAAGGAGAAGAACUUCAAAGAGGAGAAAGGAGGAGAGGCAUCGGACGCUCAGCCAGUGGUCAUUCAGCCAGCCUCCCUCAAUGCCAGCUUGGAGUUUAUCAAGGAAGAGGUUCGGCAGUUGCCCCAGUCAAAGCCUGAGCUCAGCACAGAGCAGGUUGCACAGGAAUUGUCAGUUGUGGGACCCUCUGAAGACCCGAAAGCCUCAGUGUUAGAGGAGCCUGAAGCAGCCGCUGCAGCAGCGUAUUGUGCUAGCCCUCUCCCUGAGUUAUAUAAUCAUGUAAACAAGCAAGAGGAAGCUGCUGCUGAGCACAAUGAGGGCCAGAGUCAAAGGGAAACAGAUGUCACCAAGGAAGAGGGCCUUGGGGAUACCGUGGCGACCAAAAUCUCAGGGGUGACCCAGCCCCCUGAGCCUGAAUGCAGCAGCAGCAGCUCCCCGGAAAGUGCCCCUCUCUCUUCUGGUAUUCCUAUCACCACAGUCACCCCCCCUGAGCCAUCCACCACCGACCCGCCAUCGGAGCAAUCCAUCGACCGCAUCUGCUCCAUGUUCGCGGACGUAACAUCCCUCAAGAGCUUCGACUCGCUGACCGGCUGCGGGGAUAUCAUCGCUGACCACGAGGAGGAAGCAGGCAACGGGAAUGGGAACGGGAAUGGGAAUGGGAAUGGGAAAGCUGGAGGGAGUGUGGAAAAGCACCCACCGGCACCGGGGAAGAUGAAGGUCUUUCCCAAAAAGAUCCAGAGCAGUAGUGUGGUAGCUUACCAAGGGGGUGGGGAGGAGAUGGCCAGCCCUGACGAAGUAGACGAGACCGAUCUGCAGGGGUUCUGGGAUAUGCUGCCCCAGACUGAGGAACUCCAGAGCCAGCCGAAAGAGGAAGCUGCCCAGAAGACCUCAACGAAGGCUGUUGAAGUGAAGGUGCUGAAAGAGACGGCCCCUCUGGGCAAGAUCCUGGGUCUCAGCAAGAUUCCUGUAAGCGGCACCAGCAGGGGAGUCAGGAGCAACAAAGGAGGGGAGGAAAGCAGAGAGAAGGACCACCAGGAGAGCGUUCCCAACAGCGAUGAGGGAUACUGGGAUUCCACUACGCCGGGCCAGGAGGAGGAGAGUGGCAGCAGCGGCUUCGCGCCCAAGGAGAGCAUCCCUCGGGACAGCUGUAGUGGAGACGCGCUCUACGACCUCUACGUGGACCCAGAUGAGAGCUUAGCCGGUGUGGUCUCUUCAGACGAAGAGACAUCCCCCAUGUCCACGUCCGAGCCUAAGCUGGUCCCCUCCUCCUCCUCCUCCGAGACCACCUUCCGCUCGCUCAAGGGCAGCGCCAGCCUCCCCAGGGACUCAAAGAUCCCCGUCAGCAUCAAACAGAUCCCCUCCCACUCCGCCAGCCAUGGGGCGCUGGUCCCCAGCCUCAUGCCAACUGCGAAGCUGCCAACAGCAAAGCCCGACCCGCCCAGAACAAAGAUCCCCGUUCCCAAGGUGAAUGUGAGAAGGACCAGCAACAAGACCCUGGCAGGCACGGGGAAGCACCUCGCCUACCAGGACCACUUUAAAAAGUAGCUCUCACUGUGCUGAAAGGACAGAAGUCAAUGGAGAACAGUUUGUAGAUCUAACGUGAAAAGGCAUACAUCAUCAAAGGCGGAAUACAAAACAGAUGUUCAGAGCUCUAGUCCAAAAUCCUGUUAUGGUAUAAAUAAAAAGAAAUAAAAAAAGCUAUUUGCUUUAGUUUCUUGCAAGACAAAAAAUAUAUAUAUUUUUCUUUUUUCAAAGCUUAAAUUAGACCGCAUAAUAUGAUGUUGUGCCAGUGGACUUUCUAUCAGGAAUGAUAUCUCCUUUGAUUCCCCAUAAGCCUUUACAAAAUGCAAAAUAACAGGAAGAACCACCGCAAAAAGAGUGCCAAGAAUUACGAAAAAAACCUAACAUUUACUGCACAAUCAAGCAUGGGGCCGUUCGUUAACUGCUCCAGUCGUUGCUGGCAAAGGAAAAUACAAUUAAAGAUGAACCUUUUUGGAGACUAACAUUUCAAAGGAUAGCCGGAUGGGAUCUUUCAGAUACUUUAUGAUUUUAAAAAAAAAAGGAACAUCAGGGAAUCCCCCCCCCCCCC